AUGGGUAACAGCCAGUCUGGUGGUAAAGGACGCCAACAGGUUGUUCGAGGUGUCGUAUCAUCGCGUUCUCAUCAAAUUGUCAAAAUAGAAGAGAAUGCCAUUCCUAGAUCUAUUUCCGCUCUACCUGGAAAGCAUAAUGAUGAAUACCUUAAAAAAGCCGAUGCCAUUUCAUCGUGUGAGUCGUAUUCCUCAGCUUCUGAACAACAACUUGGAGAUCAAAACACUGACGAUUCAAAGGAAAACUCAUCAAGUGAAGCCUCUCCUGCUAGAUCGCGAGCAUCCAGUUUUGCUGACGCUGUAACUCCUCGUAGUCAAAUGUCUGUACAAAGAACUCAAAGUACUGGCAUCACAAGCUCACCGUCAGAAAUUGAAAAAGAAAAAACGGAGAAAAGCAAAACGUGCACUCACGACAAAUCUGUUACAAAAAGCUCAUCAACCAAGAGUUCCAAAAAUGGUGGGGCGGUUAAUCGAAAUAUCCAGCUUAAAGACAAAGCUUCUUCGUCAAGCUCUAAUCCUCUUCCUAAUACAGGACCUCUUGUUAGUUCACUUUGUUUAACACCAGCACAGAUUCUGUUGGUACGCAAGACAUGGGCUCACGCUCGAAACCAAGGAGCCUUAGAGCCUGCCAUAAGUAUUUUCAGAAAUUCCUUCUUCAAAAAUCCCGAAAUACGAACAAUAAUGAUGCACGGAACCAAAAACACGGGACAUGAGCGGUUAAAAAAACAUGCUCAGCUUUUUACUCAAAUGAUGGACGAUCUAAUAGGGAAUUUGGACAGCCCAACAGCAACAAUGGCUGAAUUGAGGGAUGCUGGAGAAAAACACGUAUUUACUACUAGGGACCAAUAUGGAUGUCCAUUUAGGGCAGCUCAACUAGAUCAGUUUGCAUCAGCUAUGAUUGAGCGUACAUUAGAAUGGGGAGAGAAGAAAGAUCGAACUGAGGUCACUCAAAUGGCUUGGACAAAGAUUGUUCUCUUCGUUGUUGAGCAAGUGAAAGAAGGAUUCCAAGAAGAAGUUAAACGGUUAAGAAGAAAUAGACCACGCAAUAUUGGUGUGAGUUCAAAUGAUCAGCUUAAUAUUCUGAAUGAGCCUUCACGGAAGCUUCACGUGGAAAUUAGAUUUCCUCCACGUCAGCAUUACGCAAAUUUCGAGUGGCGAUAG